ACCGUAUAUAGCCUACCCUGAUCUUUUGUGUCGUGUCGAUCUCAGAUGGUCGACUGUAGAGGUAGAACAUUCUAAUUCAGUGGCUCGAUUAAGAUCCAUCAACCUGCAUUUCAUUUGGACUUAACAGGAUCAAAAAUCUGCUUAAACGGUUUUCUCUUUAAGGUUUUAAGGCGACGCAGAGACGAAUCAAGAAAACUGAUUAACCUUCCUCUGAGUUUACACGUCGUCCUUUGAUGCCAUUAGAGAUUCGUUGACUUUUAAUAUACAGAUUGGCUGUAGUCGAAUAUGGUUCAGAUGAUAAAAUGUGGUAUUUCACGCCAUUAAAUGCUGUUUGCUAAAUGUUUUUCCUGAUAUAGUGGGUCGUCAUGUAGUUGUGGAAUGCGUGUGCGCGUCUAUUAGAAGGAUUGUGAGCGCGAGUGGAAAGUGUUUGUCUAUGGGGUCUUCUGUACGUGGCAGUGACCAAAAUCACUGUAACGUUAAACCCUCUGAAACAGGGUGUUUAUAAAACUCUUUUUCUGGCUCUGCCCCAUCACACUUUACUUUAUACUCAAAACGAGGUUUUGCUUGACGAUGGCAACGUUUCUGGGGCUAACACUGUUGACUCUGUUCUUCUCUUCACCCACGCAAGCCGAAAUCUUCACGUCAAUCGGCCAAAUGACAGACCUGAUAUAUACAGAGAGAGAGCUCGUCAAAUCACUUAAAGAAUACAUUGAGGCGGAAGAGAUGAAACUUGAAGCUGUAAAGAGCUGGGCUAAUAAACUAGAUCUGUUGACACAUGCAUCCACGUCGGACCCCGAAGGCUUCCUGGCUCACCCGGUGAACGCCUACAAGCUGAUGAAGAGACUCAACACAGAGUGGUCGGAGUUGGAGAGCCUGGUGCUUCAAGACCCAUCAGAUGGCUUCAUAUCAAACAUGUCGAUGCACAGACAGUAUUUCCCUGAUGAGGAGGAUGAGAAGGGAGCAGCCAAAGCGCUCAUGCGUCUGCAGGACACGUAUAAACUGGACUCAGAGAGUUUCUCCAAAGGCAAACUGCCAGGUCAGAGGCAGCACGCGGGGGUGCGCUACAAUGCUCUGUUGACGGUGGAUGACUGCUUUGACAUGGGGAAACUGGCCUACAAUGAGAAUGACUACUAUCAUUCAGUGCUGUGGAUGCAGCAGGCGCUGAGACAGAUGGACUCGGGAGAAGACGCCAAGACGAGCAAGGCUGAUGUUUUAGAUUAUCUCAGUUACUCUGUCUAUCAGAUGGGGGAUCUGCCACGAGCCAUCGAACUCACCCGACGCUUGGUGGCCAUCGAUCCCAGCCACCAGAGGGCAGGAGGAAAUCUGCACUACUUUGAGCGUCUGCUCUCGAAGGAGCUGAGGGACAUGGGUCGCAGCCAACAGGAGCCCGCGGACGAGAGGCCCAUUCAGCUCGACACUUACAAGCGGCCCAAAGACUACCUGCCCGAGAGAGAGGUCUACGAGGCGCUGUGCAGGGGAGAGGGCGUCAAGCUGACUCUGAGGAGACGCAGCAGACUGUUCUGCCGUUAUCAGGACGGCAACAGGAACCCGCGUCUGUUGCUGAAGCCGAUGAAGGAGGAGGAUGAGUGGGACAGUCCUCACAUCGUCCGCUAUCUGGAAGCCCUGUCUGACGAAGAGAUCGAGAAGAUCAAGGAGUUAGCCAAACCCAAGCUUGCGAGGGCCACCGUGAGAGACCCUAAAACCGGCGUUCUGACAGUUGCCCAUUAUAGAGUUUCCAAAAGCGCGUGGCUAGAAGGAGAAGAAGAUCCAGUGAUCGCGCGGGUCAAUCAGAGAAUAGAGGACAUCACUGGAUUAACGGUGGACACUGCAGAACUGCUACAGGUUGCUAACUAUGGUGUUGGAGGUCAAUAUGAACCACAUUAUGAUUUCUCAAGGCGUCCUUUUGACAGCAACCUCAAGGUUGAUGGAAAUAGACUUGCCACCUUUCUGAACUACAAAGAUGAACCUGAUGCUUUCAAAUCAUUAGGCACUGGAAAUCGUGUGGCUACUUUUUUAAAUUAUAUGAGUGAUGUUGAGGCAGGGGGAGCGACGGUUUUCCCGGAUUUCGGUGCUGCUAUCUGGCCUAGAAAGGGAACAGCGGUCUUCUGGUACAACCUCUUUAAAAGUGGAGAAGGAGACUACAGAACGAGACACGCAGCCUGUCCUGUUCUGGUAGGCAGUAAAUGGGUUUCAAACAAAUGGAUCCACGAGAGAGGGCAAGAGUUCAGACGACCGUGUGGCCUGACUGAAGUGGACUGAUCCGGUGACCGCUCAGUCCUACCGCCUGUGCCUGUGCACACGGACACAAUCACACACUCCGGAACGUGCAUCGGAUCCAGUCAGGACUCACUGCUAUGAGACAUGAUGAGCAGCGCUUGAUCGGGAGAUCUGUGUGUUAAGGGUUUCUCUUUUAUUUGACGUUCCUUUUAUUUGAACUUUCUCGGCAGAUUUAACAGGAGAAUCACGUCAUAGAAGUCAUUGUGUUCAUGUAAUGCAUAAAUUAUUGUUUUUCAGUGUUUAUUUUGUAUUAUUUUGCAAUAAAAAUAUCUAAAUUUUAA